AUGAAUGAUUACAAUAACACAUUUUUUGCCUGCAAUCCUUAUGAAGAUUUUUUUUUUAAUUCUUUUGACCACCAAAAUUUAAGGAGAUUUCCAGAUAACAUGACAUUUCAACCUAUGUACCAGAUUCCCGACAAUGAUUUGUUUUUAAACCAUUACCAGAUGAAUUCAUAUGAUUUCAUACAGGAUUAUCGAAUUUUCGAUAACCCUUAUUCAGAUUACAAUCAGCCUUUCAUCCAAUAUGAAAUUGCUCGUCAGCAAAUUCCUGUGACUUUGUACCAGCCUGAUGUCAGCGACUUGAGUCUUGCCAUUUCCAAUAAUUACAAGGAAGACAAUGUGCCUCAUCUAUUUACUGAACAGGCAACAGUAAAUGACGACAUGCUUCAAAGAAAGUCUUUGGUAGAAUUAGGAAACUAUUUCAAGACUAAAAGAAUGAACUUUGGUUACUCACAGUCCGAGAUGGCCAUUAUAAUGAAGAGAGGCGGGUUCCCCGUGUGUCAAACGACUAUAUGCAGAUUUGAGUUGGGUAAACUCCCAACUACUGCAAUGGAAAAUCUAAAAGAUUCUUUUUUGAUUGUUCUAGAAUCUCUGAAGAAAAACCCAAUUUCCAAGUCCCAAUUGAAUUCGCUCCCGAAAGCCAGAAAGAAACGAACAUGUUUUGAUAACAAAACCAUAGAAUACCUCGAAAAUAUUUUUUCAGUCAUCGUUCAGCCAAACAAAGAAGAAAUCGGGAAGAUUGUAGCAAAAACUGACUUGCCAGAAUCUGUAGUCCGGAACUGGUUUGGAAACAGAAGACAGAAAAAACGUCAAACUUUUUCUUCACAUGAUCUAUGA